AUGGAACCUUCCCUCAACCAUCCAUUUCGAGUCCGGUCUUUCUACAGUGACAGGAUCAAAGCACCGCUAGCUAGUACGGGGCUGGAAGCCUGGCAGGGUUACUUCCAGUCUGUACGACCCGCUCUGCACCGUAUUUUGGUGAACAUAGACAUCUCAACUGGUGUCUUUUUCAAGCCGGGUUCGUUGCUCGAAUUAUGCCUCGAAUUUUUUACUGGGAAUCGGAGGGAGAACCCAGACAGAAUUUUACGAGUUUCCGGUCCGCAGGCGAUACCUCCAGUACAACGACACCGGCUUCAAAACUUUCUUUUCGGUGUCAAGGUCGAGUCCGAGUCAGCAGCUAGUGGAAAGAAACUACUCACCAUCCACAAACUGACGGACCGCGACGCCGCAACAACGAUGUUUACUCCGUCUGGUGGUAGACAGACCAGUGUAGCGCAGUACUACGCUCAGGCCAACCAAAGGCUACGGUAUCCAAACAUUAUAUGCAUGCAGACUGCGAAAGGUGCUGUGAUACCUCUCGAGCGAUGUUACGUCGUUCCCGGCCAGCUCUCUCGGUCUGAACUCAACCCGGAUGCUACACGAGCCAUGGUGGAGUUCGCUACGAAAAAGCCUGAUCAGCGACUGAGCGCGAUUCAGAUUGGCAUUCAGGUCCUUGCAUACGGCCAAUCCCGUUACGUCCGAGAUUUCGGACUAGACAUCAAGACAAGUUCUCUGCCUAUGGAGAUCUCUGCUCGUGUGCUCAAGGCACUAGAGCUCAAAUGUGGACCGGGAUCUAAGCAAGCAACUUUUCAGCCGAAGGAAUCGGAUGGAUCUUGGAACAUGGUCGACAAGAAAUUUUUCAGACCAAUGCCUUUUGGGACUUGGAUUGUCGUGUUAUUCGUGCCCCAGAACCGAUUCAGUCCAGACGACGCGAAAAAGACAAUAACCGAUCUGGGUCAAAAUUGUGAAGCUGUCGGCAUGCCAGUUUCAGAAAAACAACCGUUAUUUGUCUAUAAGAAUCCCCAGAGCAACAUAGAUCAGUCUAUCUCGGAUGCAGUAAUGCAAAACAGAUCUGAGCGCAAGACGACACCAACGCUCAUUGUGUGUAUCAUCCCCGAUGGGAGCGCCACGGAUCUAUAUACGGCAAUCAAACACUGCGGUGACAUAAGGAGAGGCGUUGCUACUCAAUGUCUCCGCGUCGGUAAAUGUAGGAAUGCCCGACAACAAUACUGGUUCAACGUUGCACUGAAGAUUAACGCCAAGUUGGGUGGUGUCAAUGUCAUCCCAAAUCCGAAGUCGGCGUCUAUUAUUUCCGAUCCUAUGCAGCCUACCAUUGUCAUGGGCGCAGAUGUCAUGCACCCAGCUCCAGGCAGUCAAUCACCCUCAUACGCUGCAGUGGUGGCAAGCAUUGAUUCUUAUGGCGCACGAUAUAUAGCCAAGACCACACUUCAGCUAGGGAGGCAAGAAAUGAUUGGCGAUUUGCGUUCGAUGGCGAAGGAUCUUCUUUUGUCCUAUAUGAGUUAUCGAAGUAGCAUGGAGAAGGUCUCAACGUUGCCAAAACGACUGAUAUUCUUCCGGGAUGGUGUAUCUGAAGGCGAGUUCAAGCGCGUUUUGGACUUAGAACUUCCUCUACUCCAUGAUGCCUGCAUUGAUGCGAAGCUAAAUCCUCCUCCGAAAAUUACAUUCAUCAUCGUCGGGAAGCGUCAUCAUAUGAGGUUUUUCCCAAAGAAUGACAAAGACAAGGAUGCAAAAAGUGGGAACCUCCUUCCCGGUACCGUUAUCGAUCAGGGUAUCACCAAUCCAGUUGAAUUCGACUUCUACCUUCAGAGCCAUGGUGGACUUCUGGGUACCAGUAAGAGUUCACACUACAACGUUGUUUACGAUGUGAGUCGCGCUCACUCGGCAUUUUCUCUGUUGAUGUUAACCAUUGUUCGUGUCUUACAGGAAUUCGGGUUUAGCGCAGACGCGAUCCAAUUGCUAGCUCAUACCCUUUGUUUCACUUAUGCCAGGUCAACGCGUUCAGUGUCCAUCCCUACGCCCGUAUACUAUGCCCACAUUGUUUGCAGUCGGGCAAAGACGCAUUAUGACCCUCAGGGUGCUCCGUCGUCGGUCGUGUCUGGGGGGACGCAAACGCGGGAAGAGACACUCAACACGCAUCGAGGCCAGUACCAUCCAGUGCAUGAUGCUCAGUCGAAGAGGAUGUAUUUCAUGUGAUUUUCCACCGUUGCUAUUAUCCAAAUAUUUCUGAUUGCUGCAUGUUUUCUAUUGCUUCCAAAUUGUUUCUGAUGCUUUGAACUUUCGGUGUUCACUGUGUGAAGACCAACUAUCCUGUAAUUCUAUCUACCCACUUGUCACGAAAUCAAAUUUUGUUUCGUUAGUACUCGCGUCAAUAGUAGCGGACGAGAUAUGGGAUAAACACAGAUCGCAAGGCUCGCCCGUGCAACGGCAAUGAUAACGAUUCUUGGACCGGUAGUCCGUACCGUGGGUAACUUCCGUUCAGUUGCAUCAAAACAGUGGCUUCUCAGUUGCCAACCGUCGCAUGUAGGCACAGAGUUAUAGAAUUAGAGAGAAGAGUAGUCGAAGUAGACAAGGAGUAGGGUGAGUAGCGAGCGCUGUAAUCUCGGCCGCUGUUAGAGAUAAUGGUAGUUAGGUGGUGCAUGGUCGUGG